AUGUGCGAGACGCAGUUCUUUACGCCGUGCCAGUUGCAUUCAACCAGUGGGAAGGGGGAGCUUUUGAACCUAUUUUCCGUGGACGCAUUGCGAGCGUGGUGCCCGUGUUGCUGCGCUGAGAAGAAAAUUAACGACGCUAUUCAGAUUCGUCGAUCUUCCUACCACAACGUCGUCCGGGUCCAAGACGUCGCGAAAGCAGUCAACGUCGCGGGUAUUCAGACGUACAUCAUCAACUCGGCGAGAGUGGUGUUUCUCAACGAACGCCCGCAUCCGAGAGGUAAGAACGGCGAGAGCAAGCGGACUUUGGCCUUAGUAGCCGCAAAUGGUGGGGCAUGCAAGCACUGCUUGAGGACUUUACAGGCAGAUAGCGUGAGCUUUUGCUCCAUCGCGUGUAAAAUCCGAGGCGGGGGCGAAAUGACGCCAAACGCGGAGUCGUUGCGGUUGUUGGAGGAGUCGGUGAUGAACCAACACGUCGCGGUGCCGAGGAAUAGUUAUAAGUCUACUAAGGAUAAGGAUACGAACACCACCACCACCACCACCACCAACAGCACGAAUAACAACAAUAGCAAUACGAACGAUACGAACACGAGCGGGGGUGACGGGACGUACAAGGGAGGCGGCGGUCCGGCGUCCAGCGGCGGGAGCGUCGGGAAGAACGGAAAGAAGAGAGUGUACCAAACGAAAGCGAAAAAAGAGCAGGAGUUGAUGAUGAUGUUGAACGGUGGUCUGGCAGCUCUUCCGUCGCAACAAGGGAAACCGGUGAAGAAGGCAAAGAAAGUCCCGGUGAAGAGAGCGAAGAAAGUUCCGGUGAAGAGAGAGAUGGUGAAUGGAAACCACUCGUCCUACGCGACGCCGGCGAAUAGCUCCUUGGGUGUUACUCCAGAUGCGACUCCGAGCAGUCGGGCGGCAUCGGUAGGACCGACGAACGGGGUCGGUACUGUGAUAGCAGCUCCAGCAACCGUCGCGUCUGUUGGAAGAAAGCUGAACAACGCGUCCUUCAGAAGAGCCGCCGAGACGCCGAGUAUCGUCACGCCGACGAUUCCAAUCGUCCCGAACCGUAGGAAAAAAUUUUCAGCGCCGCGAAAGUCGCCUGAUAUGUAA